AUGAACUUGCCUCUAUUAAAAGUUAAGCAAGAUGUGCCUACCAGAUGGAAUUCCAGUUUAAUAAUGAUUGAAAGACUUGUAAACAUUAAAGCCCCUCUAUCUGCUGCUAUGUCAACUCUACCUCAAGCUCCAAAUUAUUUAAAUGCGUCAGAGUGGGAGAUAAUAUUAGAUUGUACCCAUAUUUUAAAGCCAUUUGAAAUAAUGACAGCGGAAUUAUCAGGUGAAAAGUACCCAACAUUAAGUGUGGUUAUACCACUUAUUAGAGGUCUUCAACAUAUUUUAAAAAACUUGAAAACAAAAACUGAUAUUGGGGAUGUAUUUAGAAAUAUGUUAAUGGAUAUAGUUAGUAGACGGUUGGGCAUUUUAGAAAAGGAUAAAAUUGUUGCAAAAGCAACAUUUUUAGACCCACGAUUCAAAAAAACUGCGUUUGGUUUACUUGAAAAUGCUAGUAAUGCGCAAAAAUGGGUAAGCAAAGAAUUAACAAUGAUGAUUAGCACAAAUAAUGAUAUGGAAAAUGAAAUGAAUACAACUGAAUCUACCACCACAGCGCACACAUUAAAUAGUACUAAUAAUGCAACUAAAUCACUAUGGGAGCAUUUUGAUAAUAAAGUCGCUGAAGUCAGAACUACAUCGAGUCCAAAUGUAACUUCCACUUUGAUAAUACGUCAAUAUUUAGAUAUGCCACUUUUAGAUCGUAAAAAAAAUCCAUUGGAAUUUUGGAAACAGCAUAAACACACAUUACCAGAUUUGUAUAAUAUGCAGCUGAAGUAUUUGUGUAUUCCAGCAACGUCUGUUCCAUCUGAACGUAUUUACACUGUUCUAGAAUUGUAG